AUGUGUGUGUUACUGAGACUUGUGCUGGUCUUGGCCCUGUGCCUCUUCCUCGCCUCUGCGGAGGCAGAGUACAGCGAAGUGCAGGUGAUCCAGGAGACAGAGAACUUUCUAGAGAAUCCCCACUAUCUGGACAAUGUCCAAGUGGGUGAGCUUUUUGCCCAGCUGGCCAAAGAUUAUCCGGAACUGGCACAAACGUAUACGAUUGGGAAAUCCCUGAAGGAUCGUCCCCUUCAUGUCCUGUCACUGAGUGCACCGACCUCGGAAGGCAAGGAAGGAGAUCUGCUGCGUCCGAUGGUCAAGCUGGUGGCCAAUGUACGAGGCGACGAGGCCCUGGGCCGCCAGAUCGUGCUUUAUGCGGCCGAGUACCUGGCCAGCCACUACGUAGCAGACCAGGAGGUGCAACGCCUCCUGAACACCACCGAAAUCCAUUUUCUGCCCACCUGCAAUCCCGAUGGAUUCGCCGCCGCCAAGUUUCAAUGA